AUUACCCAUCUCGGUUUCCUCUCCCCAGUUGCACACUCAUCUCUUUCAAAAGCUCUCUCCUUUUUUAAAGAAAGAGGUAAAUUAAUUAAAUAUCUGUAAUGGCGCUUCUCGCUUUCUUACCGGAAGCCAAGGAGGUUAAGACAACGCCGUCGUCCAAGCGGAGGAAGAAGCAGAAACAGAAGCAGAAGGAGCCGUCGUCUUGGGACCAAGUCAAAAACUUACUCAGUUGCAAACAGAUCGAAGGCUCCAGAGUUCACGACCCGUCCAAGAAUGCUCCGCAGCAUCAUAGCUACUCCAAGCUCAGCUCCUCUUGCAGUUCCAUAUGCAGUUUCAGGGACGUCGUUCAUGGAAACACGAGGGUUGUUCACAGAGCUGAUAACUCGCCGGAGAGUAGCUCUCUGGGUCAAGAAAAUGGGUUGCUGAUCCGUAAGGCUGUGUCUGGGUCGUCGUCAUCUCGGUCUCUAUCUUCGAGAUCCACCGGUGGCGGUGGUUCAAACUAUACGUCUUCUAGAGCUAUGCAAUUCCGGAAGCUUUCUGGGUGUUAUGAAUGUCACAUGAUCGUUGACCCAAGCAGGUAUCCAAUUCCAAGAACUACCGUUAGCGUAUGUUCACAGUGUGGAGAGGUAUUUCCAAAGAUUGAAAGCUUGGAGCUUCACCAAGCUGUUCGCCAUGCAGUUUCGGAGCUGGGUCCGGAGGAUUCGGGUCGGAAUAUUGUGGAGAUAAUCUUCAAAUCAAGCUGGUUAAAGAAAGAUAAUCCCGUCUGUAAGAUCGAACGGAUAUUAAAAGUCCACAACACCCAGCGCACGAUCCAACGGUUCGAGGACUGCCGUGACGCAGUCAAGACACGUGCGCUCAACAGCUCCAAGAAGAACCCCCGUUGCGCCGCCGACGGCAACGAGCUCCUCCGGUUCCACUGCACCACCCUAUCCUGCUCACUUGGCUCCCGUGGCUCGUCCAGCUUGUGCGGCUCCGUCCCCGGAUGCGGCGUCUGCACCAUCAUCCGCCACGGGUUUCAAGGCAAGGCCGGAGGAGCAACGGGCGGUGCCGAUUCCAAGGGAGUUCGCACCACUGCCAGCAGUGGCAGAGCUCAUGACUCUCUCAAGUGUACGGAUGGGUGUAGGGCCAUGAUAGUUUGCCGUGUGAUAGCGGGAAGAGUGAAGCGAGUAGCAGACGAUGCACCGGCGGAACAGGAAAACGUUGUGUCAGCCGGAACGUACGAUUCGGUAGCCGCAUACGCUGGGGUCUACUCGAAUCUGGAGGAGUUGAUCGUCUUUAAUCCAAAGGCCAUCCUCCCUUGCUUCGUAGUCAUUUACAAAGCUCUCGAAUCUUGAUCAAGUCUUUAAAACACUUGAUUAACGGUUGGAUUAACAGUGUACAUAAUCUCGAUUAUUCUGCAUUGUUUAGCAUAGGAUUAUGUCUCCUUUCAGUUUUUGUUCUUUUGAGUACUACUGCAACAACUGCAUGCGUGUCUGUUAAACUGUUACAUUAAUUAGUUACUAAACUAUUAAUGGUUAC